CUCUGGCUAUGCCCAGAACCAAAAACCUCAAAAACGACAGUAGUAUAGGGUUUUACAGAGGUACACUCACAAUCCUCAAUAGAGACAGAAAAAGAGAAUGUGGAGACCAACGAUACUAGCAAGGAGAUCAUUUCUCAGUAAACUUUUAUCAAAUCAAAGCUUACAUGGCCUACAAAACAACAUAUCCAAGAAUCAAACUUUAGCUCCAGUGACAGUGAGUUCAUUUGAAUCUUCAUUUCGUUAUUAUUCUCAUUGGGUCUCUUCCAAAUCUUGUUUACAUCAAACAACUAGGCUUUUUUCAACAACCCCAUCUUCAGAUUCUUCAGAAUCUGAAUCUUUAGGUUCUGUACCCAUUGAAAAUGAUAAUAAAGAUACUGUUUUUAUAGACAAUCUUGAAGUUGUUUCAUCUGAAUCCGAUGAAGGGUUCUCUGGUUUUGGAGAUAAUAAGGUUGUAAUGGAAAAUGAUAAUAAAAACACUGUUUUUGGAGACAAUCUUGAAGUUGUUUCAUCUGUAUCCAAUGAAGGUUCCUCUGAUUUUGGAGAUAAUAAUGUUGUAAUGGAAGAUGGUGAAGAAGUGGAGGAAGUAAAAGAAUUAGAUUUGGAGAAAUUGGAGAGUGUGUUGUCUCUAUUGCAGAGUAGUGGUAGUAUUAAUGGAUCUAUUGAGUCUAGUCUUGAGGAAAUUGGGUUGUCUUUGAAUGAGGAGUUGGUUGUUAAAGUGCUCGAGACGCCAUAUAUACCUGGGGAGAAUUUGAUUUCUUUUUUCAAGUGGGCGUUGAAGAAACCCGAGUUUAGUGUGACGAAUAGGGCGGUUGAGUUGUUGGUUACAGCAGUUUGUAUUGAAGGUAGGAAUGUAUAUGCUUUAUGGGAUUUGGUUAAGGAGAUUGGAGAAAAGGAGAAAGGGAUAGUGAGUGCUGAGAUUCUUAAUGAAUUGAUUGCUUUACUGUCGAGGUUAGGUAAAGGAAAGGCUGCGUUCGAGAUCUUCAAUAAGUUUGGGGAGUUAGGAUGUGCUCCGAAUGCUGAUACGUACUAUUUUACAAUUGAAGCUCUUUCUAAGCGUUCGAUUUAUGAUUGGGCUUCUACUGUUUGUGAGAAGAUGCUAAAUGCUGAUAUGUUGCCUAAAGGUGGUGAGAAAGUCGGAAAAAUUGUUUCUUUUCUGUGUAAAGGAAAUAAGUCUAGAGAUGCGCACUUGGUUUACUUGUCGGCAAAGGAGAAAAAUAUUAGUCUGCCUGUAUCUUCUAUUAAGUUUUUGAUCAGCUCUCUUUGUCGCAAAGAUGAAAGCGUUAAACUUGCACUAGAGAUGUUAGAUGAGUUUCCUGAAAAAGAGCGGAAGCAUGCCAUUAAGUCGUUCUCGUAUGUCAUUAAUGGGUUGUGUAGGGCAAAAGAUGUAGACAUUGAUGAGGCCAAAAACCUGCUCUUAAAAAUGAUCGAUGCAGGACCGCCUCCCGGCAAUGCAGUAUUCAAUACGGUUAUUAAUGCACUCUCCAAGAAGGGAGAAAUGGGAGAAGCUAGGAAACUGUUGAAGGUGAUGGAGGUUAGAGGUUUGAAACCUGAUGUGUACACUUACAGUGUAAUUAUGAGCGGUUAUACAAAAGGGGGUGAGAUGGAGGAGGCUCGUAAGAUUUUGAAUGAAGCCAAAAAGAAGCACUCCAAGCUGAGUCCCGUCACUUAUCACACAAUUAUUCAGGGUUAUUGCAAGCUUGAAAAGUAUGACAAGGCUCUGGAACUAUUGGGAGAGAUGAAGGAAUAUGGUGUUCAGCCUAAUGCGGAUGAAUAUAACAAGAUUAUUCAAUCUCUCUGUCUUAAGGCUUUAGAUUGGACAACAGCAGAGAAGCUGCUUGAGGAGAUGAAGGAGAAUGGGCUGCAUCUAAAUGCAAUCACAAAGGGUCUUGUUAGAGCAGUUAAGGAGUUAGAGCAGGAAGAAGUAGGAACAAAUGAAAUAAUGACUACAGCAUAAUAGGUGAAUCUGUUGCAAGUCCAAAAAAGGGUGGACGCAUGAUAAAGUGAUAUUGGAUCUACGAGAAAGCAAAAGCCGUUUGGGACUAAAUGGUUUGAAACCUUACAAGCUCUUCAAACCAUUUGAAAACUGCUAUAGGCAUGAAAAAAUUAAUACGUCCAAGGCAUCACAAUUUGAACUGUUGACCAUUAGAGUGUUUUUUCUUUGUGAGCUCUCCUUCCAAUUGCAUUUUGAUUCCAACUAUUAUUUAUCUUUGUCUUUGCAUCUCUGGUUUCCUUGACAUAAAGGAGUGUCAUGAUGCUAUUGAGUAACCCAAAAGUGAGUUCGCUCAGUUGGAGGAACCUGUUGACGGUAACAUCUUUGAUCAUGCAUAGAAAUUGAAUUACGUAGGUAUAGCUUCUAAGUUGCAUGUUCAUGGACAUAUUGUAGGUUAGAGCUUGCAUGUUUCUAAUAGCUUCCUCCCUAAGGAAGUAUCCUAUACUGUUUUCACUAUAGACAAGUAUGCAUAUAUUGUAUCCUAUAGUGUAGUAGUAUCUUUAUAUACUUCGAGUAGGAA